AUGGCGUGGCGCAAUCAGGGUGUCACAGGCUCGAACAAUAUUCCUUUGGGAAACCGUCGACGUUUUGGCGGUGAUGGCGGCUCAGCUCCAUAUGUCAAGGAGGAGGAGGACUACAAUCCAAGCCAACCGUUAAAUGACUAUGGAGAUGGAGGCCAUAAACGUGGUCGAAGCCCUGAAAGAGGCAUCAAACUCGAAGAUGGCGAGAAGCGUCGCAAAAAGCGCAAUCGGUGGGGAGACGCUGCCGAGAAUAAAGCUGCUGGCUUGAUGGGCUUGCCAACCAUGAUCAAAGCAAAUAUGACAACUGAGCAACUAGAAGCAUAUACCUUGCAUUUGCGUAUUCAAGAAAUUAGUGAGAAGCUAAGAAUCAACGAUGUUGUUCCUGCAGAUGGCGAUAGAUCUCCUUCUCCACCUCCUCAGUAUGAUAACUUCGGUCGCCGUGUCAAUACACGCGAGUAUCGCUACCGCAAGCGUCUCGAAGACGAGCGUCACAAGCAGGUCGAAAAAGCGAUGAAAAUCAUCCCGAAUUAUCAUCCACCAGCUGAUUAUAGGCGCCCUACUAAGACACAGGAGAAGGUCUAUGUGCCUGUUAAUGACUAUCCAGAGAUUAACUUCAUUGGACUUCUCAUCGGUCCUCGUGGUAAUACACUAAAGAAAAUGGAAACUGAAUCUUUGGCAAAGAUUGCUAUUCGAGGCAAAGGAUCUGUCAAGGAAGGCAAGGGUCGAUCUGACGCGGCGCAUACCAGCAACCAAGAGGAAGAUCUCCAUUGCUUGAUUAUGGCAGAUACCGAGGAAAAAGUGAACAAGGCCAAGGAGCUCAUUCAUAAAGUCAUCGAGACGGCCGCUUCGAUACCUGAAGGCCAGAAUGAGCUCAAACGCAAUCAGCUUCGUGAACUUGCGGCAUUGAACGGUACUCUCAGGGAUGACGAAAACCAGGCAUGCCAAAACUGUGGUGAAAUCGGCCAUCGCAAAUACGACUGUCCCCAACAACGCAAUUUCACCGCUAACAUUAUUUGUCGAGUCUGUGGCAAUGCAGGCCAUAUGGCAAGAGAUUGUCCGGAUAGACAGCGUGGCGCCGAUUGGCACAAUGGACCCCCUCAGGGUGGAGCUCCUGGAAGAACCGCUGGGCGUAUUGGUGGUGGAGAUGCUGUUGACCGCGAAUACGAGCAACUUAUGCAAGAAUUGUCAGGUGGUGCUCCAAACGGUGAGCCGCGUCAAGCCAUAGAAGGAGGGCCAGGUGGUUACGAGAACGGUGGUCAAGGCUAUGGUGGAGACGACCGUGGUGCGAAACCUUGGCAGCGGGCACCUACUGGUGGCUCAGCACCAUGGCAACGAGGUGGCGACAAUAGACGCGAUGAAUAUAGCCAGGCAGGAUCGGCCCCGCCUUGGGCUCGUGGUGGCAAUGACAAUUAUGGAGGACAAAAUCAGAACGGCGGAUACGGUGGUGCUCCUGGUGGUGCUCCUGGUGGAGGAGCAGCUCCAUGGCAACGACAGGAGAAUGCUCCCCCACCUCCCCCAUCUGGAGAUCAAUAUGGCUAUGGCAGCUACCCUGGUGGGUAUGGAGGAAACUACGGAGGUCAGCAAAACAUGGGCCCGCCUCCUGGGAUGGGCCAAGCCAGUGGUGGCCUCGGUGCACCACCCGGUCUAGGAGCUCUGUUCCAGAACUAUGGCGCUAAUGGCAAUGGUGCCCCUCCUCCACCUCCAUCGGACGAUGCCCCACCUCCUCCCAGCGAUCAACCGCCGCCGCCACCACCACCACCAGGCAACUAG